AUGGACUCCGAGACAUACCGUGAAAAGGGCAGGUUGCUCACGUGGUCCGACGAUGAUUCCAAUAGCGAGGACCACACGCGCGGGACAGGCCGACGAUCUUGGGCGCCAAUUACCAUCAUAGCACUUUCAUGUUCAAACCUUUUCCUCGUCGCUUUAUGCGCGUGCCUCGCACUGCGAGGGGUCGGUCAACCAACACCACACACCGGCCCGGACUCAGGGCCCUCGUGGCUUCCACCACAAAUACCGAUGAAAAAGACGCUCAUUUCCGAACCUAUAUAUGGAGGCCCGGUUACGAAUGAGAGCGAGAAAGCUUGGGAUGAUUUGAUGCCACUUGGCCGUGGGUUUGUCGUUAUCAAAAACGAGACCGCGCUCCCGGAGGUGCCUAAGUUCAAUGCGACCAUGGGCGAGUAUAAGGGAGUGAUAUCGGUCUUCCACCAGCUGCAUUGCGUGUGGGCAACUCGGGAGGCCUUCUUUAAGUUGCUGCGGGAGGGCAAUUCGACCGAGAUCGACCUCAGACACCUAAGUCACUGUUAG